AUGGACCAAUUAGAUGCUUCGAACAAUUUGGAGAGAACCAAUGAGGAUGUUGCUUUUAAAACCAGUUUGAAAGUUGCAGCCAAUCAAACUGCGCAAAUUCAUAAAGGUCAAAAUCAACAAACAAGACGGCGUUCAUCAUCGUCACUAAGAGAAGCAACUUCCGGUAUGACGUCAUCGUGGAAACUGAAAUAUAAAGAUUUCCUUCCGCUCACAAACGAAACGACUAAUUUGGCUUUCUGGGAACGAGCGGAUUCUUUUCACAAGCUAGUAGAUCAAGCUAACCAGUGGUUGAAAAAAUCACCGGAAGUCAUGGUGACGUCAUGCGAGUCAGUCACGUGGGUGUCACAUGACCGGAACUUGCUGGGAGACGGAGAGAUGAUGAUGUUGACGAAGAGCGUUAAAGAGAAAUCGUGCAGUUAUUAUGUGAGAGGGUUAAGAAUAUGGCUCUCUCCAAACACAUCGAAACAACAACAGCAGCCACAAAAAACAUCAUCAUCAUCAUCGACAUUGAGCCACGUGACGACAAGUCACGUGUCCUUUCAUGACGUCAUACCUGAUCACGGUAAUGAUUCUGUUCUUGAUCUUCUGGCAAAGGCCAAUCAGAAACUGAUGAGUCGCAGUCUGAAAGGGAAUUUGGUGACAGUAGAAACAGUGAACGUGCCAGUGUUGAAAGCGGGAAGUGGCAGUGGCAGUGGUGGCGGCAGCAGCAGCAGCUUCAACGCAUCCAUCACCAGAUGGAGUGAAAAAACAGACGACGACAGUACGAACGUUUUCAUCCUCAGGCUCUUCAUGGUGAAAGAGGCCCACCAAUAUCACUACCACCAUCAACGAAGAUUCAGUCUCAGCCACCAGAGACCGCCUAAGCUAGUUAUAAAGGACAUAGUACCGAUGAAGCGUGACGACGACGAGUUCGAGUCUUACGAAGAUUUCGAGACCCUGGUUGAUAGGGCGAACGUCUGGAUGAAGGAGAACAAGAAGAACAUAGCCAGGCUCCUAACCAUGCAGUCUGUCAUGGUGAUGAAAGAUGAUGGUCCCCAAGAAAGCAUAGGCAACAGUUGUAAAUACUACAUGCCGGGGAUUAACAAUCCUUCCAUCGUCGAGUUUUUCAGGCUGUUGAGAAUUGUUUAUUUUGAAAAUAACCGUCCCCAAACUGAAAACAACAACAACAACAACAACAACAAUAAUAAUAACAACAAUGACGAUGAUGAUGAUAACAACAAUAAUAAUAAUAAUAAUUUGCUGAUGAAUUUAAGUAGCAACGGUAAUAAGAGCAAUUUAUUGCAGAAUAAAAAUAGUAAUAAUAAUAAGGGUAAUAAAAAUAAGCCGACGACGCUAAUUACUAAAACGCUAACUCUGCCAUUCCUGAUCGAAACAUUCUCACCGGAAGUUGUCUGCAACAACAGCAGCAGCAACAACAGCAAAGAUGGCGGAGGUGAUGGAUGUGUCAAGUUGGAAAAAGUUGAAAAGAUGAAAGACCUCUUCGCUAAAGUUAUGGCCUACCUUAGAAAUACCGGCUGUGAUGUGUUGGGCGUAGAGACGGUUUUGAACCCGAUGCAAAUGUACAUCGAUGGGGAUGCCCUGAGGCAGCUGUUAUAUUUAACUUGCCAAUCAAACCAGCCUAACGACCCAGCUAGAUCGGCAAGAAGGGCUUCUUUCAAUCCGCCAGCCAAUCAGCAAUUAGACAUCGAGGUCAACGCCGACAAAUCAACCAAUGAGAGAAGGCCCUUGUUUUUGCGAAAUGUGGUUGGUCGGCAGUUUAAAUACAGGUAA